GGCACGACGACGGCGAUCUUAUUCCUGAAAGGUGUCCAUAUAUGCGGUUUUCUCCACGAUGGUGGGAGCCGACUUCACGAUUUCAGGCGCAAUGUGCUAUUACCUGCACAAGGGCAAGUCUAUGACUAGCAUGUCGAGUACUACGAAGACAAUCAUGAAAUUAAUGCGGGUCGUAGUGAUAUCUGGGCUGUUGACUAGCGCAUGUUCCCUUCUUGCUCUCGUGACGUAUGUUAUCUGGCCCGAUACUCUCAUUUUCAUUUCCAUCUGCGCCUUCAUUCUGCCAAAGCUCUAUAUUAAUUCCCUUCUCGCAAUGCUGAACUCCCGGAAGAGUUCAAUGUGGUCGGUCGGAAAAGAACGUCAAGUCGACCAGAAAAUAAUCCGUUUUGCUCCUCACGAUGCCGAAAGUGAGGUAACCGAUUCACGACAAACGAAUAUAACUAUUCCUGGUCUCUCCGUGACUGGUGCAGACACGAAUAUCAGUAUACCUCUUCCCGUAACUACGACGGAUUCCGAAAGAAGUCAUUCGAGUAGCAUGGGCGAUAUGAUAUUUGCGUAGUGAUAUAGCUCUUCCUGUUCAGUCCUACCAUUCUCCAUAAUGAUUAGGCAUUCAUCUGGUUCCUAUACCUGCGUGCGGUUCGAUCAGUCGAGCGGAAGUGGAACCAACGUUGAUACCCCACUACGCAUACUACAAUGGCCAUUGUCACUAGAAAGUGGUUAUCCUUUACGAUGGUCGAU